AUGUUAUCCAGAAGGGACAAGCUACUCGUGCAACCCUGGGAAGAUCGUAGAUUUAAAGAUCAUAGAUCCAAGGUAAAGUCAGCGUUGCCAGCCAUCGACGACCGCGCGCCGGCCGCGCGGCCGCACGUGGCGCUGAAGCUGAAGAAGUGGCAGCGCGAGCUGGACCGCAAGCACAAGAUCCAGAGCGACAACUUCAGCCUGCUGCAGCGCCUCGGCGCCAUCAUGCGCGUCAACCGCCUCGACAACCACUGGCAGAAACCCUUGCCUAACUUCCACAAGAAAGUGGGUCAGUUCUUCGACUCGGACAGCGUCAGAGAGCGCGUGUGGGCGCGCGCGCAGCCCUCGCCGCCAGACUCCUACUACAGCAGCGUCAAGUGCUACGCGUGCGAGUAUCGCAAGAUGAGAAGCAAACAACCCUUCGAGUUGGCAUUCGACAACGAUGACUCAAUAGACUUACCCCCAAUAAAUAUGUAUUAA